AUGGGUUGGGUACACAAUGCCUCGCCGGAGGUUGAAGCUGCAUCGCAGUACCGCCUCAUCCUUGGAAUAUGUCUGACUCUCAGUAUAUUAAUGGUGCUUACGGUUUCAAUGCGACUUGUCCUUCGGGCGCGAGCCAGUCGAUGGGCAGCGGCAGAUUAUGUGAUGGUUGUUAGUAUGAUCAACUACGCAGGACGGCCUAUUUACCAAGUUGGCAUCGCAGGGUUCAAGGCCUCGCUCUGCCUCAGCUAUCUGCGACUGAUCUCUGGGACGUCGAAGUCUCGUUAUCGUGUUGUGAUCUGGGUUGUGAUUAUAGCGUCUACGUUGGGUCAUUUCGCUGGUGCUCUGAGUCUUAUGUUUAAUUGCACACCGGUUCGACGAUCAUGGAACGCUCACGUACCAGGCACUUGUCUUCCCGUGGGGGGCCUGUUCUACGGUCUCGCAAUUUUCACCAUUAUCACCGAUGUGAUAAUUAUCAUCCUUCCGAUCCCAUUGCUAGUGGGACUCAAUAUAAAAACCGCCCAGAAGGCUGGUGUCGUGUGCCUUUUUCUUCUCGGCCUCUUCACCACGAUCUGCUCUAUCAUGCGAUUGACUCAAAUUCAACGUGUGGCAUUCGGAGAUGGAAACUCGACAAUGCUUGUGUUGUGGGGAACGAUUGAGUUCAACGUGGGGAACAUUGUCACUUGCAUUCCAUAUCUGGCGCCUCUACUAAAAGGGUUCGUGCGUGGAUUCGGAUCGACCGGGGGAAAAUCGAGGAAAUAUUACUACGGCAGUCAAGGCAGAAGCUACGCGAUGGAGAAUUGGUCGAAAGAUCAGCAUUCCCACCUGCAGUCGUCUGCAUCCGGCCCAGCACAGCCAAAGCGAACGCCAAGCGAAGAGCUCAUAUUGGAUAGCCGCGAGCCUGUGCAUGGGGGUAUCGAGAUGACGAUAGAGUAUAGAGUUUCUUUGGAAGGCCGAUCAACCAAGCAGGAAACUUGA